AUCUACCUCCAUUUAUACACAUAUAGAUAUAGAUACAUAUAUAUGCUGUGUAUAUAUAUAUAUAUAUUCUCAUUCAGUCAUUCUCAUAAUUCUUCCACUCACUCACUAACCACAAGCUGAACAACUCGAUUUUAGAUCUAUUAUCCGGACGCCAGUUGUUUGGAGAAUUAAGCUGGUAUCUGGAUUUAUUAUAGAGAGUUGGGGAACCUACAAAGUUCAGCAUAGUUUCGAUAACGAAUACCACGUUAUCCAACUGGAAUUAAUCAUCCACUGACUAAACUAUGAGCUCUUGUUUGUGAUCUAUAGAGAUUGCAUUUGACGUGAAAACCUAUCAGCGUUGUAGAUCACUAAACAUAACAUUAGUUAUGAGAGGAAGAACAGAUGGAUCUCAGAAGAAACGUUUGCUCACUUUCUUCGUACUUGUAGCAGUUUUUCUUCUUUUCUUGUAUUUGUAUUUUGGCUCUCAGAGCCAAGGUCAAUCAGCUCUAGAGUAUGGUAGCCGGUCUCUACGGAAGCUUGGAUCCUCAUACUUAGGUGUAGAUGAAGAAGCCGAUCUUGGUUCCAAAGAUGAGUUCAAGUUUGGCCUUGAUGAUGAAGAUGGUAUCGUACCAAAGAGCUUUCCUGUUUGUGACGAUCGAUAUUCUGAAUUGAUACCCUGCCUAGACCGUAACCUUAUCUACCAGAUGAGAUUGAAGUUGGAUUUAUCUUUGAUGGAGCACUAUGAAAGACAUUGCCCUCUGCCUGAAAGACGUUUCAACUGCUUGAUUCCUCCCCCAAAUGGUUACAAGGUCCCUAUCAAGUGGCCAAAGAGCAGAGAUGAAGUUUGGAAAGCAAACAUACCACAUACCCACCUUGCACAUGAAAAGUCUGACCAGAACUGGAUGGUUGUUAAAGGUGAAAAGAUUAUAUUUCCAGGUGGAGGAACUCACUUCCAUUAUGGAGCUGAUAAGUACAUCAAAUCACUUGCAAAUAUGCUCAACUUCCCAAAUGAUAAUAUGAACAACGAGGGAAAUCUACGAACUGUUCUUGAUGUUGGUUGUGGUGUUGCAAGUUUUGGGGGUUAUCUGCUCUCAUCUGACAUCAUUACAAUGUCUUUAGCACCUAAUGAUGUGCAUCAAAAUCAGAUCCAGUUUGCACUGGAGAGAGGCAUUCCUGCAUAUCUUGGGGUUCUUGGCACUAAGAGACUUCCUUAUCCAAGUAGAUCUUUUGAACUCGCGCACUGUUCUCGUUGUAGAAUUGAUUGGCUACAAAGGGACGGCAUUCUUCUUCUUGAGUUAGACAGGUUGCUCAGACCAGGUGGCUAUUUUGCCUACUCGUCCCCGGAAGCAUACGCUCAAGAUGAAGAGGAUCUUAGAAUAUGGAAAGAAAUGAGUGCACUUGUUGAACGUAUGUGCUGGAAAAUAGCUGCAAAAAGGAACCAAACUGUCAUUUGGGUGAAACCUUUGACCAAUGAUUGUUACAUGGAGAGAGCUCCUGGCACUCAACCUCCUCUCUGCCGAUCAAACGAUGAUCCAGAUGCAGUUUAUGGAGUCAACAUGGAAGCUUGCAUUACUCCAUACUCUGACCAUGAUCAUUCUAGUAAAGGAAGUGGAUUGGCUCCAUGGCCUGCGAGGUUAACAUCUCCACCUCCCCGUCUUGCCGACUUUGGCUAUUCAAGUGAUAUGUUUGAAAAGGAUACGGAGUUGUGGCGUAAGAGGGUCGAGAACUACUGGGAUUUGUUGAGCCCAAAAAUAUCAACAAAUACAAUAAGAAAUGUGAUGGACAUGAAGGCUAAUAUGGGUUCAUUUGGAGCUGCUUUGAAGACCAAAGAUGUUUGGGUGAUGAAUGUCGUUCCUGAAGAUGGACCGAACACAUUGAAGCUUAUUUAUGAUAGAGGCUUAAUCGGCUCAACACAUAACUGGUGUGAAGCAUACUCAACUUACCCCCGUACAUACGAUCUACUCCAUGCCAGCAACGUGUUCUCAGACGUCAUCGAAAAGAAGGGUUGCAGUGGUGAAGAUCUAUUGAUUGAGAUGGAUCGUAUUUUAAGGCCCACAGGUUUCCUAAUUGUUCGGGACAAAAAACCUGUCAUUGACUUUGUAAAGAAGUAUUUACCCGCAAUACACUGGGAAACAGUCGCAAUGGCAGAUUCAUCAUCAGAAUCAGAUGGAGACGAUGUUGUGCUAAUAGUCCAAAAGAAACUUUGGCUCACAAGUGAAAGCUUAAGGGAGUCAGACUAAGUUAAGUUUUGAACCUAAAAACCACUCUUAAAAAAAGGGUAUUUAAAAGAGGGAAAAUGGUUUAUGUUUUGUAGUAUCAAAUUGUGACACUAGCUUUCACCUUAAGAUUUAGUUGAUUUAUUUGUUAUGAUGAUAUACAUUUGCAUUUGCAAACCCUUAAUAUUUAUCUGUGUAUUAUUUUAA